AGAAAAUAAAUUACUUCUUAUUUUUCAAAGUUUACAUAAACAAAGAUUGAUAAAACACUACUAUCAUCAUAGAUAAACUCUACUUUAACCUGUUGUUAUAUUUACUAAUGCUCUUUGAACUGGACUAUCUAAAACUGAUGUAAUCAACACAGUUGACAUUUUCUCUAAUAAAUAAAUAAAUUAAGUUAAAUGCAAUAAUAUAAAAAUUUACAGUAAAAAAAAAAGAGCCUAAUAAAUUCGGCUUUUAAAGUAGACUUAAAUAUAUUUUAAACAUAAAAAAAAGAAAAUAAAUUAUGAAAAUGAAAUUAUACUUGAACACGUGUCUAAACAAAUCGUUUAUCAGAGUCUUAUCUGAUAGUGAUUUAAAAAAUUUAAUAUAUAUAUAUUUUUUUUGUUUUAAUUUCUGAACAGCAUUGAAAGCAGUUCUGCAAUAGCCUUAUUUGAAUAAUUGUUUAUCUUGAACUUAACUGGAACAUAUAAAACCAUUUUCUCUUGAUGUUAAGCAACAUAUGUAGUUGCUGAAUCAUUCAUGAAAAUGGAUAAUGAUAUUGUUAUUGGUGUCAUUCCUGAAGCUAAUAAGGAGCAACCAUGGAUUCAGAAAGAAUUACAGUCAUUUAAAGAAUUAAUUUUAAAUGAUAAACAGUUGUAUUGUCCUAUUGAUGAUGCAUUCCUAUUAUGCUUCUUGCGCGCUAGAAAAUUUGAAAGAGAAAGAGCCUAUAAAUUAUUAAAGAAUUAUUGUUAUUCUAGAAAACAUUAUAAAGAAAUAUUCAAAAAUUUAGAUCCUAAAUCUGUACAAAAAUGCACUGAUACUAAAAUUAUGGGAUUUCUAAAACACGUUGAUCAAGAAGGACGUGUUAUAGGAAUUGGAAGAGCCACUCACUGGGAUACUUCUGUGACUUGCAUUAAAGAUAUUUUACGUUGUAUGUUGGUGCACAUUGAUUUACUACUUAUCAAUCCUUUGAUGCAGAUAAAUGGUAUAAGCAUUAUUCUUGAUGCUAAGAAGUUAUCUUGGAGACAUAUAAUUCAACUUACUCCAUCCGUUGUUUAUUCGGUUUCAACUAUACUUUUCGAUGCUUAUCCUGUACGUUACAAAGCGAUACAUGUGGUUAACUUAGGAGCAUUAGUCCAUGCAUUUUUAGCAGCAUUCCUACCAUUUCUUCCAUAUAAAAUGAAAAAGAGAAUUCAUAUGCAUUCUACUUUUGAAUCACUACAUAAAGUUAUUCAUCCAAAAUAUUUACCUGAAGACUAUGGUGGAGAAUUACCUCCCUUCGAUCCUUCUUUUAAUACCACGUUAUUAAAUGAGUAUCAAACGUUUUUUGAAGAACGUGAAAAACACUGGAAUAAUGAACAUUAAUUUAUUAUUUUUUUUAUAAUUUAAAAAAUUUGUAUUUAAUAUUUUUAAAUACUCAAAACUUUCAGAACAUCAAUGAUUUUAAAAAAAGAAAGAUGCAAUUCAUGUAAACAUUCACAUAGAACAUGAAAAGACUAUUUGAAAAACCUUAUGGUUUGAUUUAUAUUAAGGAAUACAGUAUUUUCGAGUGUAUAACCCGCGGAUUAUCCGUGUUGAAUCAAUUUUGAAAGAGCACGGGGCCCCCGCUAUGCUCUGUGGGCAUUUAAGAGGGCCUUUUUUUUUUAUCAAGCCCAUUAAGGGUUUGGCCAGGCCCACAAACGGAAAUUAUGAACUUAUGCCUACGCAUUAAUGGCUAACCUAUAAGUGUGGCGUAUACUGUAGGGCUCACCACAUAGUAUAUGCAGGGCUCACCACAAAGUACUGUACAUGCAGGGCUAGGUAAAAGUUUUCAGUGGGUUAUACGGAAAUACGGUACAAAGUUUCUAGUUUUGAUUACCCACGAGAUAGCAUGGAAGUGUAUUAUGCUCUCGCUGAAAGGGUUCGAUCCUCAUAAGAUGAAUCUGAUUUUCCUAUUAUUAUGAAAUUGGGAAUACAUACUCUGCAAUGUAUUAUUUUAAUGUAUUAAAUGAAUAUAUUAUUCAUUUAAUGGCCUAACAUAAAUAAUAUUGUAGUUUUUAUUACAUAUUACACAAAGUUUUAUGUAUGUAAAGCUAUAAUAUAAAUCAUUUAAGUGAUAAUGAAGAGUAGAAACAAAACUAAGUAAUUUAUUUCUUUGAGUGCAUAAAAUCCUAUAGAACAUUGGCUUUAAUUAACCAUUUUGUAGAGCUAACAAUUAAAAAUAAAAUUUUUAAUGAUGAAAAGCAUUGCCACACUUUUAAGCUAACUUAAUAAGUUUCCCAAUUCGAAACCCAAUUCAGAACUUCAUAAUUCAUCAUGGCUAUGGCGAUGGAUUGAGGCAUCUUCCAUCCCUCAUCCAUACUAGUUGAGCCCAUUAUGGGCCAGGUUGUUCGUAACGGACAUAAGUAUUCCGGUAAGGUGCUGGUGCCUUGCGUUAAUCAUUAUUUUGAUUUAUAAUUGAUAUCAUGUACAGUUUAUAUUGUAAAAUGUAUUUUCUGAAAGUGAUAAAUACAUAAUUUCUAAUUUUUGUUAUAAAAAUAAAAUCAUUUUUAUUAAUUAUGAUAAUCAUACGUGUAAACUAGAAUGUAUU